GCAAUGAUGAUGCUUUGAUCUCCUUGCUGCAGCUGUAUUAAAGUACUGCAUACUGACAUCAUGUGCUGUGUAUUCCCGCCUGUGGAGGGAUGAUACAGCUCCAGAGAAUUGUGCGUGUCUUUGUGGAUAAAACCUUGUAUGUUCUCUUGUGGGGCAGGUGGGGCCCAGUGUGGCCUUGGCUGAUAAUGGUGUACUGUUUCACGAGCAGCAGCCCCCCCUGUAGGCCAGGCGCGGGUGCGCAUCCUCCACCUUUGGGCAGCAUAUCGCUUUUCACAAAUGAGGACAGCCUUGGCCAAGUAAUAAAAUGACUCAUCGUUUUUAUCUAAUUUCAGAGGAAACUGAGGAGGAGUUCUUUUGAUCAGCGGGGGGCCAGUUGAAAGUGUGGACAUUCUGUUCGUCAGCAAGCUUAAAGUCAACCAGCUGAAGAACCUGAUCGCCAAAUUAAUACAAAGUGUCAUAAAAGGCAGCUUAUGGAUUGUUUCUCAAAAAUUUAGAGUCACUCCCACAGUUGAGUUUUGAAGAUAUUCUUUUAAUCGGAUAAAACAAAUCAAAACUUAAUAACACUUGCGGUUCAAAAUGAUAAAUUACCAAACACUCCUCAUCUUAUUAUAAUUACUCCCUCUGGAUUGCCCUAUUGGCGCGUGAAAGCUGCGAGGGGGCGGAGUUGGAAGCGCGCACUGGGAGCGCACAGGACGAACUGCCCUCCGGAGCUUUGUUGAUAUUGGCAGUUCAGACCUUUCGCAGUAGGUUAUGGCAAAAGCUUUCAGAAAGACAAGAAGAAGAAGACGAGAGGACCACACGAAUCACUUGAAAGAAACUAUGCAUUAAUGUGCGUGGAGCGUUCAAGUGACAUGUUUUUUACGCAGUGAAUGUGCUGAGCUCCAAAUCAGGUUGAACCUGCCACAAUGUCUCAUGCACAAGUAGAGAUACCAGGACGCGGGUUCCCGGGGCUCUCCGUGGAUAUGACCGACGACUGUUUGUCCCGAGUCCCAUCCGUGCUGAGGACGCACGGGCUGGGCGCACGGAGGAACUCCUACGGCCUGCAGAAAAUUAGUAUGGACAUUGAUUCUCCCCUAUACAGCGGUGUACUUUCCAAAGCCUUAUCGUGGUCGGCAGAAAAUAUUCUCUCUCUGCCCGAGUCCAGAGCAGAGGAAGAAAAAACAGACGACACCCCGCCGUCCGCGUCUCCGGUUUCCAGCUCCAGCACGUGCCGCCAGGACCCCGACGCCGGGUCCGUCGGUGGCAACUGGAAACCUGUUGCCAGAUCCACUCUUCAAGAUCCCAGCUCGGACUCUGAAAACGAACUUCAUAAUAAACAGCAAAAGAUUCUGUCUCGCAUCACGUUUGACACUCAGUGGGAGCAGGAAGAAAAGGAGGACGUGGAGACUAAAGCGGUGGCAACAUCUCCUGAUGGAAGAUAUCUCAAAUUCAACAUAGAGAUUGGAAGGGGGUCUUUCAAGACGGUCUAUAAAGGGCUGGACACAGAGACUACAGUGGAGGUGGCAUGGUGUGAGCUACAGACUCGCAAGUUAACCAAGGCAGAGCGUCAGCGUUUCAGCGAGGAGGUGGAGAUGCUAAAAGGUCUGCAGCAUCCGAACAUUGUGCGCUUCCACGACUCCUGGAAGUCGACAAUGAAGGGCCAUAAGUGCAUCAUCCUGGUGACUGAACUCAUGACCUCAGGCACGCUCAAGACGUACUUGAAGAGGUUCAAAGAGAUGAAGCUGAAGCUGCUCCAGCGCUGGAGUCGUCAGAUCCUGAAAGGGCUGCACUUCCUGCACACACGCACUCCUCCCAUCAUCCACCGGGAUCUCAAAUGUGAUAAUAUCUUCAUCACUGGCCCCACAGGCUCUGUCAAGAUUGGAGAUCUGGGGCUGGCCACUCUCAAAAGUGCCUCUUUUGCUAAAAGUGUCAUUGGAACACCUGAGUUUAUGGCCCCAGAGAUGUACGAGGAGAAAUAUGAUGAAGCGGUGGACGUCUAUGCCUUAGGAAUGUGCAUCCUGGAGAUGGCCACAUCUGAGUACCCAUAUUCUGAGUGCCAAAAUGCCGCCCAGAUCUACCGCAAAGUCACCAGUGGCAUUAAACCUGACAGCUUCUAUAAAGUCAAAGUCCCAGAACUUAAGGAGAUCAUUGAGGGCUGCAUCCGUAUGAACAAAGAUGAAAGGUACACCAUUCAGGACCUUCUGGAUCACCCCUUCUUCCAGGAAAACAAUGGCGUACAUGUGGAGUUGGCAGAGGAGGAUGACAUGGUGAAGUCAGGCCUGAAGCUGUGGCUGCGCAUGGACGACACCAAGAAGCUCCACGGGAAGUACAAGGACAACAACGCCAUCGAGUUCCUCUUCGAGCUCUACAAAGAUGUGCCUGAGGAGGUGGCACAGGAAAUGGUUGUGCUUGGCUUUGUGUGUGAAGCAGACUUCAAACUAGUAGCGAAGGCUAUACGCGACCGAGUGACGAUCAUCAAGCGUCAGAGAGAGAAACUGAGGCGGCAGGCCGAGGAGAGGAAGAAGAAGCAGGCGCAAGAAGCCAUAGAAGAAGAACCGGAGCACCAGCCGGCUUCGCCCAAGGUCAACGAUGUUGUUGCAGCAGAUUCCCCCAUCCCACCCCUGACACCUCUAACACCUUUGACGCCAUUGACACCACUGGCCCCAGUUUUGUCCCCCGUCACCAGCUCUGUGGACUCUGGCGUCAGCACCCACUACCCUGCAGAGCCAGAGGAGCCCGAAGUUGACCAGCACUUUCAAGUUCGCCACAACAGCCUGUCUUCUGCUAACUCUGACUGCGAGACGGACGGCUAUCUGAGCCCCUCUGGUCUUCAGGAUCCGCUGGAGGCCGGCAACGUCGGCAUGCCUGUGAACUCUCCCACCACGCAUCCCAACCCCCCCGCCGUAAACGGUAUCUCCCUCCGCUUCCCCUCGAGUAUUGCUGUCUCCAACAACAUAGAACACGGCAGUUCAAGGCCUACGAGUGGCUUCAACUCCCCCGUGGAGAGCUACGCGUCUGAUGUGACUUCAAGCCUGAGCGACGGCUACGAGGGCCUAUCGGAGAAGAACGAGAAAUCAGUGGCGAGACGAACGGCUGCGAAGCUGUUCAGGAGGAGGGCGCGCUCGAGGCUUCGCAUCAUCGGGCUCUCUGAUAAAGUGGACCGGGUGGUGGAGUGCCAGCUGCAGACGCACAAUGACAAGAUGGUGACCUUCAAGUUCGACCUGGAUGGAGAUAACCCAGAAGACAUUGCUGCUGUCAUGGUGCACAACGAGUUCAUCUUGCCAUCAGAGAAGGAGGGCUUUAUCUACCGCUUGGGUGACAUCAUCAAACGAGCUGAGGCACUGUUUGCCAAACAACAGCCGGUCCACUCCACUGGGCACCGACUUGCCCAGCCUGCAUUGCACGGAGGGAUUAGCUCACUGUCGUCCUCACAGCCUAAUCUGCACAAUCACGCCCUGCCUCGAACACACUCGUCCUCUUCUCUGCCUGACUGCAGUGUGGCUAAACCGAGUGUAGGGGUACGUGGCUUGCCCCCAUGUCCCAAUGGAGAGGUCUCCAGUGCAGACAUUACUUCACCUGUGCGACCUCUAAUACGCUCACAGUCUUUCCACAACGCCCCAGGUUCUCCUCUUCAUAAUCAGCACCAUCACCGCCCUACAUCUCUCCUGCCUAAUCACCAGCAAUACCACUUGCCUUUUAUGAACCACACCCACUUUCCAUUCCCAUAUCCAGGGUCUCCUGGUUCACCCAAGCCAGCCGGGAUCCAUCCUCCCCUCACACGUGUAGCCAGUAACCCCACCUUCCCCUCUGUUCCCUCCCCAACCCCAAACUCGCCGAGUCCUGUGAGUGAGACCCCAAGUCCUGUCAACACGGAAUUUGUUAACAUAUCCCCUCCUGCCCUUCAAACUCCCACCAUGUGGCCCCCCCACUCGCAGCCCCUUUUUUCCUUAGCCAAUGUAAUUUCCAUGGCAAUGAGCAUGGCUCAGUCUUUUAUCCCUCCUGCAGGCCUUCCCACCCAAGGGCUGCCCUCAUAUCCAAGCUUUCUCCCCCACCUACACAGUCAUAUGGCUCCACAGCCAGGUUACCCCUCUGUCUACCCUCAACCUUACCAGACUUCACCAGUAGAGGCCUCUUACCCUGCAGGGGGGAUCCCAGUGCAGAACAAUGUCUACUACAGCCCCGAGCAUAUGCCUCAAAUGGAUGGAGCUAAUUUAACUCACAGCAAUCCUCCACAGUGGCCCCACCCUGCCCCCCCACCAUCCAUGGCUUCCACUCCUCCUCCACCUCCUCCUGCACAGCAGGUUGGACUCACCGGUUCCCCCAGCCGGACCCAGGAAAGGAGUCACAUGCCCCCAACCUCAGCCCAAGCUCCAGCUCCAGCUAAACCCAGACCAGAGGUCUCCAGUUCGAAUUCAAGUUCAAGCUCAUCAGAUCUUUCACCAUCACCCCCAGAGAGCCCAGAAAACACUUUAUCAUCUUUCAACAGCCGGUUGCACCCUGCUGUGCCAGCGAAGAAUACAAGUACCCCCAAACCAAAAGCUUCUUCCCCCAAAUCUGAAGUUCAGUCUGCAUCAGUGACUGUUGGACGAUUCCAGGUGACGCCCAGCAUGGACAUCCCUUUGCCUGAUGCGCCUGCACCUGCAGCCCCCAAGCCCGCAGAGAACGGCAGUAGCCAGUCGGAGAGCAGCACAGAAGAGCAGGGUGAGUCUGAGGCGAGCCUGGCCACCUCCCUCACAAUGACCCCUCCUCACCCACAACCCCGCAAAGGUUCUUCGGGAGUCCAACAGGAGGCCGACGGGCAGGCUGGAUGGGCCGUGAGCCAGGAGCAGCAGCAGCAGGAAGAGGAAGAUGAAGAUGAGGAAGAGGUUAUCGGGGAACAGCCAAGGGGGAGGAGGAGAAGCCGUCGAAGGGCGUACAGCCUGAGCCUGUUGGGAACGUCUGCAGACAGCGGGCUCUCUGUGACGGCUGCUGAUACAGAGGGGAGGCUGUGGGACGGAGCAGCGGACAGUCCACAGUACACCAAUGCCCUUCACAAUUUAUGGAUGAUGACUUAUAACCGCAGUGCUCCCUACCUAAGCAGUGAUGACUCAGACAGUGAAGAUGAGGACAUGCUGGAAGAGCUUCAGGAGCUCAGAGAGAAACAUCUGGCAGAAGUUCUGGCCCUGCAGGCUGCCCAGAAAAGAGAAAUUGAGGAACUAUAUAAGAAGAUGGGAAAGGUCCCCCCUCCGGGCAUCGUCUCUCCUGCUGCUAUGUUGUCCAGCCGACAGCGCCGCCUCUCCAAAGGAAACGGUUUUCCUUCGUCUCGCAGGAACAGCCUUCAGCGACUGGAGAUGUUACCGCUUCAAGGUAUCAUUAGGAGAAACUCUCUUGGAGGCAGCAGCAGUGGCUCGCAGGACAAACCUUUUAAAGGCGUCACUUUUGCCACAGACCUAAGUAGAAUGGUGAGUCAGCACUUCCUUAACAAGCUUUUGAUUAUAUGACAAAUGAAACAAGGUGCAGGUAUAAACAAGUUAAAUUUAGCGAUUGUUUGCACAUUAAUUAACAUAAACACACAGGUGUAGCCAUAAAAACGAAUUCAUGCCUUUAUUUUAAUGCCGUUUUUAAAACGCCAUUAAAUUCAAAUUAAGAAAAAACUUCCAAUUGAAAUUCACAUAAAAAAUGUUUUUCCUCUGAUGUCUCCUCAACAUGAGAGUGAGCUGAAAUGUAAACGUGGUCCUCCAGUUGUUUGUUAAUGUGAAAACAAGAAAGCAAAAAUAUUAUUGUUGAUCCAAAUUAGAUUGUCCCAAAUCUAAACCAAUAAAGCCUGAACCACCAAGAGUAAUCGUUAUUCUCGUUGUCUUGACUCAUUGGCCUCAUAUUUGUCACUAAACUUAAAAAGCAUCUUUCCAUUAAAUCCCUGGAUCUAAAACAUAGUCUGUAUGCAAAAGAUGGCCAUAGCUUCUGGGUCUGGAAAGUAAGGCCAAUACUGAAGAGCCUUAAACUUGCAUUAUUUUUAAUGGCCAGCAGGGGGCAACUCCUCCAGUUGCCUUCCCUUGAUGUCUGACAUCAUGAAACACUCAAUUACAAGUUUUGUGUCUUAUUCAGUACAAUAUGAUGUUCAUUUUGUAAAUUAUAAUACCACCCAGAGUCAGAAUGGAGGAUAAACCUGAGUUACAUCCAUUAGUCGUUAGCCUACCAGUGUGCAGCGUCCAUCGGUUUCUCAGAUGGUUUUGAAAGCCAGCUUCCAAACGGAGCCUUCACUUGCUAAUAGGUCAUGACUGCAAAAACACUUAGCUUGAGGCUUCAAUUACUAAUGGGUGAUGUCACAAUUGCCACAUAGAGGAGGCAAAAAUGUCAGGAGAGGUUUAUACUCUGUAGACACCCUUUAACCAUUGUCCUCCAUACACAACAAAAAAGCAUUGUUCUAAAUCGUGU